AUACACGAAUACAUGGACAGUGAGAACGAUGACUACUAUGACGAUGAUGAUGAUGAUGGUGGUGGAGGAGGAGGAGGAGAUGAUGAUGAUGAAGGUGGAGGCAGUGACGGUGACUCAGAGAUGCAGCCAGCAGUCAGUUCAGAGGACAGAGUGUCUGUGACUCCCGUUAACUCCGAGCCCAGAAUCCCGAUCCUCCUCCGUCUCAGGACUCCCAUCAAACUUCCUCCCAGAACUCAGAACAACCGCUUUGUGACGAGGAUCUGGUCCGUGAACAGAGUCAACCCUUCUCAGUCCGAAGCCAAGACGCAGACCAACGGCUCCAAAGUUCCUCCACAGGGUCAAAGCGGAGCCCUGAAACCUGAGCAGGGGGACGAAGAGGAGGAGGAGGAGGAGGAAGAGGAGGUGCAGAAACAGACUCAGGAGCAGGAGAUUCAGAUUCAACCUGAGGGACUUGAAGGCACCAUGACCAAAACACCACUUCCUGCUCCUGAUCAACAGAAACCUCAACAAGCCACGAGCAAGUCUCAGCUCCGAAAGACCCAAUCGUCGCACUUAUCGUCUCAACCUCAGCGCGGUGUCGUUCAGCGGCUGACGAAGAAGAGGAGGAGGGGGGAGCCAGAGGGGGACUCUUCGGCUAAAAGGGGUUCAAGCUGUGGUCUGGAGCCCGUAAAGGCCCCCAGCACCAAACCCUGGCCCGUCUUCACCAUCGCUGGCUCUGCUCAGACACAAUCAGCCAAAUUGUCUUCUGAGGUGAACAGUGCUGCUUCCAGUCGGAGGCCCAAGAGGCUUCAGGCCCGGACGGUGAUCCAGCAGUGCAGUCAGGCCAAAGUCAAGAUCAGACCGGCGCUGGACGGAGCCGACGCUCAGUGGGCCGAGAUCCAUGAGGGGAUCGUUGUGUAUGUUUGUUUCUUCCACGGAGCCACAGAGGACGUCACGUUUGAAAUGGCAAACAGUCUGAUGACCACAAAAUUCUUCCGUAAAGACUCGGGACACACGGUCUCCGUUCUGGACCUUCCCGGCAGCGUGUUACUGAUCCCUCAGGAGUCUCUGAUCGGGGAGCUGGUGCCCAGGAGACGGAUGCAGUAUAAAGGCGGCUGUGAGCUGUGGUGGGGCGCACAGCUGUUCUCCAACCUCGUCUCCUCCUGCAGGGAGUUCAUGUCCGAGUCGGCGAAGUGCACCAAGGCGGGGGUGAAGGUGGAGCAGGGCGUCUACGGACAGAAACAAGAGAUCGUCCUGAACUCAACGGAGCCGCUGACGGUCCUGCUCGAGUUCUGAGCUCCGUCAAAGAGUCCGACCUGGACUUCAACUAACUGGACUUUAUUUUGGACUUUUCUUUUACCUUCUGAUGAAAGAGUGGGUUCUUUUCUUUUUUUUUUUAAGUCUGUCUUAAUACAACACUUAAAAACCUUUUUAUGUACUGUAAUUUCCUACUCUCCAUACUGACCCUGAAGCUCUCUCUGGGGUUAAAUCCACAGACCUCGCUCCUCCAAAGCUGUUCCUUAAAAGGUCGCUGAGUGAACCCGUUCUUUCAAAGUAAGACAGCGACAGUACGAUGUUAAAUAAAACC